UGUGUGGCGCUGACUGUUCUCCUAAUACGUUUUCUUUUUUAUUUUAUUCCUUCAAAGAAACCGCGUCUAAUAUAGUGUUCGCUCCCUGUUUUUUUACCCCAAGUGUCUUUAUUUUCGAAAUGCUAUUGGUAGGAUUAGGCAUUUUUAGAUUUCUGUUUACAGUGUUUGGAAUUGUGUGCACGGGCUGCAGUUGGUGUUGCCAAACAUCUUGAAGAUCUGUCUUUCGUCAACCACUUUCUUUUGAAAUUCCUUUAGAAUUAAACAUCAAAGGUUUGCGCUCUAGUUUUGAAGUCGCUUCUACUACUGGAGCAAGAUCAUUUUGUGUGUGUGUGUGUGUGUGAAAAUCUUGAACGUAAGACGUUCUGGUGUGUCGUCUGGAGCUAUAAACAUUUUCUCUCAGCGAGAUACUUUCUUAAAUCAAUCUGACCUCGAGUCUACAACUUGACUGAAUCGUGCAUUUUUUAUGUUAGUUCUUUUUAUUAUUAUUGUUUGAACUGUCAAAUCAAGAGAAGCACCGCUCUAAAGCUCGCGCGCAUUACCGCUGCUCUAUGGACAGAAGAGCCGCGCGCACCGAGCUGAUUCACUGUGAAUUCCGACACAUACAUCAAACUACAGAAGAGCAAGUCACGAACCAUUGACCACCGGAAUCCCGACACCGUCUUUGAACUAAGUUGCUUGUCAAACAUAUCACAGCCUAUAGCAGAGCUACCCAACAAGAUGAGCAUCUGUUAACCACAAGCAUACAUCUGUCUCUCCGAGCAGAGGUUUAUUGGUUGUCAAAUCUGGUAAUUGUGGACGCAGUUACUGGUACUCUGCCACCAUGAUUCAUUUGCGGCUUCCGUCCAUCCAUUUCUCUUUUGCUCCUUGCCUAUCCUCACUUCUCUUCCUGAUCUUCCUCUUGGGCCUCAUCCAUCUCUCUCAAGCCAGUCCUGAUGUGUCCCAUAGCAGCCCAGGGAACUGCUCAGGGGAGGACAGCUGUUCUGAAGGUGUAGUUUUGCCGGUAUGGAAUCCCCAGAACCCCUCUGUGGGUGACAAGGUUGCACGUGCCAUAGUCUACUUUGUGGCCCUCAUUUACAUGUUCCUGGGCAUGUCUAUCAUCGCCGACCGGUUCAUGUCCUCCAUCGAGGUCAUUACCUCUCAAGAGAAGGAGAUAACAAUCAAGAAACCCAACGGCGAAACCACCACAGCGACCAUCCGCAUCUGGAACGAGACUGUGUCCAACCUGACCCUCAUGGCUCUUGGAUCUUCGGCCCCUGAGAUCCUGUUAUCUGUGAUUGAGGUGUGUGGGCACAAGUUUGAGGCUGGUCACAUGGGUCCGAGUACAAUUGUGGGCAGCGCUGCCUUCAAUAUGUUCAUAAUCAUCGCCAUCUGUGUUUACGUAGUUCCAGACGGUGAGGUGCGAAAAAUCAAGCACCUGAGGGUUUUCUUUGUGACUGCAGCCUGGAGCAUCUUCGCCUACAUCUGGCUCUACUUGAUCCUGUCCAUCAUCUCUCCUGGUGUGGUGGAGGUUUGGGAGGCUGUCCUUACCUUCCUCUUCUUUCCACUCUGUGUGGUCCAGGCCUGGAUCGCUGACCGUCGGCUGCUCUUUUACAAAUAUGUCCACAAGCGCUACCGUGCCGACAAGAAUCGCGGAAUCAUCAUUGAGACAGAGGGCGAUGGCAUGUUUACCAAGAUGGAUAUGGAGAUGGACGGUCAGGGUGCCAACUCUCACCACAAGGAGGUCCUUGAUGGCAUGCUGGCUGGAGUAGAGGAAGGAGGAGGUGGUGGAGGAGAAGAAGAGGAGGCCAGAAGGGAAAUGGCUCGGACACUGAAGGAUCUUAAACAGAGACACCCAGAGAAGGACAUGGAGCAGCUGAUUGAGAUGGCUAACUAUCAAGUCCUAGUGCAACAGCAGAAGAGUCGAGCUUUCUACCGCAUCCAGGCCACACGCAUGAUGAUCGGAGCGGGGAACAUCCUGAAGAAGCAUGCUGCAGACCAGGCCAGGAAAGUUGUGAGCUGCCAUGAGUCUAAUGCUCAGGAAGAAGACCCUCACACCAUCUAUCUGGAGUUUGAGCCCUCCCAUUACCAGUGCUUUGAGAACUGCGGCUCCUUAAAACUCUCAGUGACCCGACAUGGUGGAGACAGUGGCUGCACAGUUAAGGUUGACUAUCGCACAGAGGAUGGCACAGCUAAUGCUGGAUCAGACUAUGAAUUCGCCGAGGGCACCCUUGUUUUUAAACCGGGUGAGACGGUGAAGGAGCUGACAGUUGGUGUGAUUGACGAUGACAUAUUCGAGGAAGACGAGCAUUUCUAUGUAAACCUCAGCAACCCUCGGGUUGUCCACCGUGCUGAGGUCGCCAUCCUCGAUCCGAAUGCUGUGUCUCCAGGCAACAGCAUUAUAGGGUCCAGCCACGUUCCCCCUAAAGCUGCUCUGGGUACUGCUCACACUGCCACGGUGACCAUCUACGAUGACGACCACGCGGGUAUCUUCACGUUCGAGAGCAAUUCCACACGAGUGAGUGAGAGUGUGGGCAUCAUGCAGGUGAAGGUCCACAGAACAUCUGGAGCUCGAGGGAAGGUUGCAGUACCAUACCACAUCACAGAGGGCACUGCCAAGGCUGGAGAAGACUAUGAGGAGGUGGCUGGCAAACUGGAGUUCCUCAAUGAUGAGACCAUGAAGAUGCUGGAGGUGAAGAUCAUUGAUGAUGAGGAAUACGAGAAGAACAAAACCUUCACCAUCCACCUGGGAGAGCCGGUGCUGCUGGAGAUUGGACAGAAACACGGAGACUCUAAUGAUAACAAGCCGGCAGUGGGUGCUGAGGAAGAGGAGGUGGCCAAGAUGGGGUGCCCGAGUCUGGGAGAGCACACCAAACUGGAGGUGGUGAUAGAGGAAUCAUAUGAGUUUAAGAAUACUGUUGACAAGCUAAUAAAGAAGACUAACCUGGCCCUGGUGGUGGGCAGCAGUAGCUGGAGAGAGCAGUUUGUCAGCGCUGUCACUGUCAGUGCAGGUGAUGAUGAUGAGGAGGAGAGCGGGGAGGAGCGCUUGCCCUCAUGCUUUGAUUACAUCAUGCACUUCCUGACGGUUUUCUGGAAGGUUCUGUUUGCCUUUGUACCACCUACGGAGUACUGGAAUGGCUGGGCCUGCUUCAUCGUAUCCAUCACGCUCAUCGGAGUCCUGACUGCUGUUACCGGAGAUCUAGCAUCUCACUUUGGUUGUACAGUUGGCCUGAAGGAUACUGUCACAGCUGUGGUGUUUGUGGCCUUGGGAACAUCUGUGCCCGACACCUUUGCUAGUAAGGUGGCAGCCAUCCAGGACCAAUACGCUGAUGCGUCCAUUGGUAAUGUGACAGGUAGUAAUGCAGUUAACGUCUUCCUGGGUAUCGGGGUGGCAUGGACCAUCGCUGCCGUGUACUGGCACAGUCAGGGCAAAAGCUUCCAAGUCCCGCCUGGCUCGCUGGCUUUCUCCGUCACCCUCUUCACCAUCCUGGCACUAGUGUGUGUCCUUAUACUGCUGUACCGCCGUCGACCUUCUGUAUCUGGGGGUGAGCUGGGGGGCCCACGAACCGCCAAGCUGCUCACUGCCGCCUUCUUCAUCUCGCUCUGGCUCAUCUACAUCAUGCUGUCCUCGCUGGAGGCUUACUGCCACGUGCCUGGCUUCUAAGAGGGAACAUAAGAGAGAAAGAAAGAUGUACUCUUCGGUCUAUAACCCCCAAUCAUUCUUCCUCUCUGCUUUUGUGUAUACACUACAUAGCGAAAAGUAUGUGGACACCCUCUACUUAAGGGGUUUGCCAAGGCCUCUUAGUUCCAGAGAAGGCAAAUCUUAAUGAUAUGGCAUACAAUGGCUUUCCAGAGAAUUGUGUGCUUCCAACUUUGUGACAGCAGUUUGGGGAGGGCCUUUUUCUAUUCCAACAGGACAAUGCCCCUCUGCUAAAAACGAGGUCCAUAAAGAAAUGGUUUAUCGAGUAUGGUCUGGAAGAACUUCACUGGUCUGCUAAGCCUAGACCUGAACCCCACUGAACACCUUUGGGAAGAGUUGGAACACUGACAGGCCCCAUCACCCAAAAUCAGUCUCUGAUCUCACUGAUAAUCUUGUGUCUGAAAAGGAGCAAAUCCCCACAGCACUGUUACAACAUGUAGUGGAAAGACUUUCCAAAAUAGUGGAAGCUAUGAAGUAGGUCCAACUCCCUAUUAAUGCCAAUGGUUUUGAAAUUCAAUCCUCAACAAGCACACAUAGGUGUGGUGUUGUGGUGUCUACAUACUUUUAUGCCAUAUAGUGUCUGAGAAGUCUAAAAUAGGUGUUUACAUUUGUUCUUACUGGUAAUUAUUGUUGUUCAAAUUAAACUUGCUUCCUGUCAUGAACAAUAAUAUGGAUAUCUUGUUGAAUGUCGCAGAGGAUGAUGGAGGCUAUGUUGGUUUCAUGCACAUCUUCUUUUUAUAAAUGGUUCUCAUGGUUGACAUUGUGUAAUUUGCCAACUGGAUAUUUAGACACAGCAACGCUUUUCCCUCCAGAAUACUCUCCUAAGAGCCCCCUCAGCAAUUUUCCUGCUUCAGCACUUAUUUUUUCAAGGAACCGUCUUUAACGCCUCACUUCAAUACUCUCUCAGAAAUCCCUCUUCUAUUAUUUUUUUUUUUCGCUCUCAGCCCAUCAAUAGACUCAUUACCACUGCAGAGUUUGGUUUGCUACACACCUCCACCUGCCCUCAAGAAAUGAACACUCUAUUUCUUCUGUCUUCUUUUCCCUGCUACUGCAGUUCCCCACAGACCUACAUAUACCCCCACUGAAACUGUUCAUUUUUCACAAAUAUUAUUUUAUACUAUUAAAGUAGUCCAGUGAGGGCUUAGCCUUCCCAAACUGACCCGCCCCCAAUACUAUCUAUACCACACUCUUUUCACUUCGGACUCUACCCUCUAGCACUACCUAUACCACACUUUGUUCACCUCUGACUCCACCCCCAAAACUACCUAUUCCAUGCCAUCUUCAUCUCAGAACCCACCACCAACACUACCUAUUCCACACUCUCUUCACCUUAGACUCCAUCCCCAACACUUACUGUGUUACACUAGGUGUGUUUGACUUGAACUGCAUGUCGAUUUACCGUUUGGCGAGAUUUGCCGGUUGCAGUCGGGGGAGGAGUUGAAAAGAGAGCCAUCAAGCCAGACAAUUUUGCGCUUCCCGUCGCAUGCAGAACCUACAUCAGUCACAGCAGAUCACGUGAUGUUUGCUUUCUUUAUUGCAGUCGAAGUGGAGUUCAGAUAGACAGAUGCUUCAAUUUAACAUAUAACAACCAGAAACAUUAUUCAUUUGAAAAGGUUAUGUGCUGCUUUAUACAGUGCCUGCUGGUGUACAAGGAGGAAGUCAAAUAAAAGCCUAUGUUAUUUUAUUAUUAUUUCAUAUUAAUAAAGCAGUCAGUAAUUUUAAUCAUUUUGAAUGUUUUUUUUUAUGAAUAAGCAUGAUAUUACUAUGACAAAACAUAAUAUAAAAUUAUAUAAACGUGAUGUACUGUUAUAAAAACAUGGAUUUGUGAAAGUUUUUGCCAAACUGGAGGUGUCAGAAUAAACACCAUGGUAAUGGCAUACUACCAUACUAGUCUUAUUUCUACCAUAGACUGACAUAGCAGAAGUAGUAAGAGCAGUAUGUGAAGUAUGCAGUUUUGAACACAGCCCAUGAAACAUGUCACUGUUGUGAGUCUGGCCAAUCGUGAAUAAGCUGUGCAGUUAUCAGAGCUUGUGCAGCUCCUUGAAGCAACUGCAGAGGCUGCGCCAGGUGGCAGCUCUCGAAUCACUCUCGUGGUACUUUGAUGGGAUACAUCACAGUGACACGGCAGUGGCUUUGUCUCAAGUCGAACAAAAUUUCUAACCAACAUGCACUGCUUAAAGUUUGCUGCCGAUCGGUCUGCGCAGUGCUGCAUGAAAUCAAUCACACCUAGUAUCUUCACCAAUGAUCCCGCCCCAACCAAAUCUAUACAACACCUUCUGCACUUCUGACUCCACCCCAAUGCUACCAAAACAAAACCCUCUUUACUUCAGACCCCACCCCCAAAACUACUAUAACACACCCCAUCUUCACCUCAGUCUCCACCCUAGCACUACCUGUGCCACAAUUUGUUCACCAUUGACCCUACCCCAACUCUACCUAUACACACCCUCUUUACCUCUGAUUUCUGAUUGACUCAUAAUACUUCCCAUACCACACCUUCUUCACUAAUAACCCCGCCCCACAACAACCAUUAUCACACCCUCAUAAUUUCUACUCAGUUUUUAAUGUUAAGUGCUUGUGUUGUAGAUCUUUUAAAAAAUGCUCUUGUGUAUUUUUGUUUUUUCCAUACUUAUAAAAUUUUAUUAUAAUGUAAAAAGAAGGACUGUUGGAAGAAAAAGGAGAUCUUUUUCAAGAUUUUCUGGCUGUUUUUGUUUAAAGUGAAUAAAAACACAAGAGAUGCACAUUUUGCAUGGCACAACAUUCGUGUCAGAAGUUGAACGGAGACCAAAAGACAGUUAAUGAUGAACAGUGACAAGAACCAAGGUAUUGGUGUUUAUUCAUGUGAUAUUUAUUGAUAUUUAUUAUUAUCAACUAUGUUUUACCUAGGGAAAUAUUGUAGACUGUAUGUGUUUAAGAGCAUGUAUUUGAUUGGGAGUGUGCAACAGAUUUGAUAAAAGGUAUGAGUGUUGGGUGUACCAGUCUGUCAAACAGUGUUCUAAGUCUUGUACAUAUGAAUAUGUGUCUUAAUGUCUGAAAGUGAAUUUUGUGUCUUACACUGCCACACUCUGGAAUUUUGGGCUCCUAUCCUGUCUAGGCCUGAGCUUCUGGUUCCUUCCCCAACAUUCAUGAAUCUAAAAAAGACUGUAUAUUAUAUGGUGGUCUCAUGAUAUUGGUCCUAAUUCAUGCCAUGAGAGAGCAGUCUGUCCUGUCAUACAGCCAUGUUCUGCAACAAUAUUGUGUAAAUGUAGAAGUUACAAGCAGAGUAUUCUGUGUUUUUAAACUCUAUUCAUUAUUGAAAGGCAUUGCAUUGAGUCAUGUGGUUUUGUGUGAUCGCAGCAAGGGUGCCUUGAUAUCAAUAAGACAAUUUAUUUAGGCCAUAGGCCUGUUUUCUAGGUCAUGUCUUCACAUGCUUGAAACGAGUCCAAUAAGGAAAGAUGGUGAACAUUUUUGAAUUUCUUUUUAUAUGAGGUCCUCUACUUAAAUACUGUAUAUUAACCAGAGCUGUUUCUAAUUAUUGAAGCUUUUGCUUCUGAUAGGAUCGCCGUUACCUAAUUAGCAUUAAUAUGCAUGCUUAAUGUAUAAUGGACUGAGUUUCAGUUCAGUUUAUUUUGCUCUCUCUUAUCUGUUUUCUCCAUCGAGUCCUUAAAUAAUGACACUUGGUCCAUUUCCAUUCAGCCAGGAGUUAAACCAGCUUAGUUAAGCCAAGUUCCUCUCUCUCUCUCUCUCUCUCUUCCUGUCUCUAUCCGUUUUUCCACUUGCCUAAGUGAUACAGUGAUUGCAGCUUUCAGUUUGCAGAUAUAACAGCCAUCUGCUUGGUUCAACCUGGGACAAAUGCUCUAGGAAAUGUUGGUGUUGCUUACGAUAAGGGGGUCCCAAUAUGCAAGGCAGUGUUGCAAACUUUUUAAUGCAAUGAAAAAGCAAAUUUUAAAGAGCAUUUUGAAAAUGGUAAGAACAACCCCAAACUGCCGGAAGGCGGAUUUGUAGGUGUAAUAACACCAGUGGCCAAAUGCACAAUUUCAGAAGUGUGCUACCUGUCACAAAGAAAUUGUACGGGGGAAUAUUUCGAUUGGUUCAAAAUAGACCUCCAUUUUAGUGGUAAAGAAAAAAAUGUAACAAAUGUUUAACAAAUUCACAGUCAGCCAUCUACAGAAAUGUUCAGUCCAGUCUGCUCAGUUUCACAGUAUCACUGUCUCCAGAUCCUGUGUGACGCACAAGUGGGCAGAAACCGAUGUACAUAUGGUUCACAUUUUUACUGGCAUAUUUGUAUUUAUACAUUCAGACAUUUCAGUGAUACUAGAAUAAAAAAAAGCACAGAGAAAUGUAUUUUUAGUGCUGCUUGUUGCUAGGCGACAUCUCAAAGAGUCAUUGUCUUUCUGUCAUUAUGUUAUCUGAUGUCAGUGCUGUACGGUGGGUGGGUGGGUAGGUGAGUGAGGGGUCUGCUGGUUUGUAAUUACUUUCUAAGGUCACUCGCCUCUCUUUUCUUACCUGACCACACACACUUAAAAUUUUGCCCUAAUUCAAGGACAACCCAUAAUUAGAGAGUUAAAGAAUCAGAAGCUGCCCUAUGGGUUUUAAAUUGCUUAAUAUUAUUAAUAAGAGCUGAUGUUGCUUUGUGGAGAGCAGAGCAGUGAUUGAUAUCUCUGAGGUAAGCAGAUUGCUUUUAGAGAUAGCAGUAAUGACUCCUGGUGAUGUUGUAUAGACCUAAUGGAAUGUUUCUGUAAGUUACCAACAGCAGAAAGGAUUAUGGUGGGAAAUCUCCAUAUAAUUAUCAAAAGCCAGUGGAUACAUUUGAAGAUGAAGGAAAAUACCAUAUGAGACUUUUACAACCCAAUUUGAACAUCCUCUGUUUUAUGGGGAAUGCAAGGGCCAUCCUUGGUGGCCUAAAAAAUAGUGUUACUUACACCAACACUUUAUGAAAAAAUAACAGUAGGUGCACCUAUGAAGACCAUAUUUACAUGGAAAAUCCUUAAAUUCCUGUAUGCUGGAAUGAAAACAGAGCACAAGCUUAAAUAUUUCUUAAGAUGUAAAGUAAAUAUAAACUUUACUAGAGGGUGCCUCUUGUGACACCAAACGGAAAUGCAAAAAUAAUGAUUUUCCCAAAUACUCCCUCUGCCUGCCAUUGAUCGGAAGAUAGUCUUGCCCCAAACUCACACCAUUGUUUACAUACAUUUUGCUGUGUCGGGCUAGAAAACAGAGUAAUGUUAUGAUUGCACAACAGAGACAUUGCCUGCUUAUAGUUAUCCCUGCAUAUUAAGCUGGGGUGGGAGAAGGUAUUUGAACAUCAAAUAAAUUACAUCACAUUUAAAAUAACAAUUCAAAAGAAUAAGAAUAAGUAAUAAGUAAGUAAAGAAUAAGUAAUAGAUUUCCUUCCAUUUCAACACUAUGACCAAGCAAAUGGCGUGUAAUGAACUUCCACACAAGUAAACACAAAAAUUACCUUUAUGAAUAUCUAAUAUUCAUAGUCCAUCAUAGCAUGCUUGAUUCAUUGUCAUAUGUCAGAGUGCUUGUGUGUCGUGUGAGAGUCCCAGACUGUCACACAUGCUCUCUUUUGAUACUUCAAUCUAAAAGCAUGUCUUUUCUGUGUGUGCAUUUCUCUUUAAUCACAACAUUGAAAUAUUUACAAAAGAAACAAUUUGUGCUUGGUUUUGUAUGUAUUGAUAUUUGAUAAAUUACUGUUUAAAAAAAAAAAAAAAAACUUGUUUUUUAAAAGCCAAGUGUUCUACUUAGUUACAUGACACUAUUAUCGUCUUGAGAUCUGUUCUGUACUGGGACAAAUGUAUAUUUUAGGUUAGAAAAAAGUGCUAUAUUGAGUACUUUAUUGUAACAAAGUAAAUUAUGUUUUCAAUGUUAUAAUUAAAGGUAUGUGUGUGGGAGAGUGUGAUUUUAUGUGAACUCAUGAAAGCUAAUGUGAAGAGGAAUUAUUUUGCCAAAAGAUGGAGAAUGAGUUUCUAUUUGUAAUGUGUGCAUUUUUGUUUUUUUGUUUUUUCAUUUAUUAUUGAGUACAUUAAAGUUGGAAUUGUAUAUUAAGAACAGAAGUCUUUAUUAAAAGUGCUUUGUGUUCUCACAUGCAAAUAACAAAUGAAAACAACACACCUCGGUUUAUCUACUGUUCA